CAGAGUCAGAGCUAAGGUAGCGUAUGGAAAGAGGGGAGCCCCUAGUCCCCCUCCCUGCCCUCACCUUAGCUCCGGCCCGGACAGGGUGAGGUGCAGUGCCCCCUGCCCUCACCAUGGCCAUGAGGGAGCUCGUGGAGCCUGAGUGCGGGGGCUCUAACCCCCUUAUGAAGCUGGCUGGCCACUUUACCCAGGACAAGGCCCUGCGGCAGGAGGGGCUCCGAGGUCCCUCGGCCUGGCCCCCUGCAGGUCUUGGAGCAGAGGCAGUGUCCAAACCUUUGGGAGUGGCCUCUGAAGAUGAGCUGGCUGCAGAAUUCCUACAAGAGCAGAAUGCCCCCCUGCUCUCCCGUGCCCCACAGACCUUUAAAAUGGAUGAUCUGCUGGCUGAGAUGCAGGAGAUUGAGCAGUCAAGCUUCCGCCAAGCCCCACAGCGAGCUCCAGGUGUGGCAGCCCUGGCUCUAUCUGAGAACUGGGCCCAGGAAUUUCUGGGAGCUGCGGAUACUACAACUGACGUCUUCCCAGAUUACAAUGAGGCUGACUGGUCGCAGGAGUUCAUUGCGGAGGUGACAGACCCUCUGUCUGUAUCUCCUGCCAAGUGGGCAGAAGAAUAUCUGGAGCAGUCAGAGGAGAAGCUGUGGCUGGGGGAAACAGAAGACCAGUCACUGGCAGAUAAGUGGUAUGAGGAAUAUCAACCUGAGGAUGAUCUUAAGAAAACUGCCAACGAUUUCCUUUCUAAAGUGGAUGACCCAAAACUCAACAAUUCUGAGUUCCUAAAGUUUGUCCGCCAGAUCGGAGACGGGAGGGUGUCGAUUGAGGCUAAUCAGGUGACCCUGACCCCCAGAGACCAGGAUCAGGCAGAGCAGUGGACAGCUGAGUUUAUACAGCAGCAGGGGGUAUCAGAUGCCUGGGUGGAUCAGUUCACCCGAACUGGGAAUGCAUCCACUCUGGAUACAGAAUUUGAGCAAGCCAAGACUGCUGUGGAGUCAGAUGUGGAUUUCUGGGACAAGCUUCAGGCAGAGUGGGAGGAGAUGGCCAAGCGAGAUGCAGAGGCUCACCCCUGGCUCUCAGAUUAUGAGGAUCUCAGUACCUCCUCCUAUGACAAGGGUUAUCUCUUUGAGAAAGACAAUCCCAUGAGGGAUCAUCCACAGGCAUUUGAUGAGGGUCUGAAGUGCCUGGAGAAGGGUGACCUCCCCAAUGCUGUCCUGCUCUUUGAGGCUGCGGUGCAGCAGAAACCUGACCACGUGGAGGUGAGCGGAGCAAGGAGAGCAGGUCUGCUCCAGGCCUGGCAGUACCUGGGAACCACCCAAGCAGAGAAUGAACAAGAGCUGUCUGCAAUCAGUGCUCUCAGGCAGUGCCUGGCGCUGCAGCCAGGGAACGUCACUGCACUCAUGGCUUUGGCCGUCAGCUUCACCAAUGAGUCUCUGCAGAAGCAGGCAUGCGAAACCCUGCGUGACUGGCUGCGCCACAAGCCAGCCUAUGCCCACCUGGUGGGGAAGGACCCGGAAGGAAGCAGCUUGGCAUCCAGCUUGGGAUCCUCCAAGCGCAUCCUGGGUUCCCUACUGUCUGACUCCCUGUUCAUGGAGGUGAAGGACCUGUUCCUGGCAGCCGUGCGCAGUGCCCCCUCAGCCGUGGACCCCGAUGUGCAGUGCGGCCUGGGCGUCCUCUUCAACCUGAGCGGCGAGUACGAGAAGGCCGUGGACUGCUUCAGUGCCGCAUUGAGCGUGCGCCCCAACGAUCACCUCCUGUGGAACAAGCUGGGUGCCACUCUGGCCAACGGGAAUCGCAGUGAGGAGGCUGUGGCCGCCUAUCGCCGGGCACUGGAGCUGCAACCAGGCUACAUCCGCUCCCGCUACAACCUGGGCAUCAGCUGCAUCAACCUGGGGGCCCAUCGUGAAGCAGUGGAGCACUUCCUGGAGGCCCUGCACAUGCAGCAGAAGAGCCGGGGCCCACGGGGCCAACAAGGUGCCAUGUCUGACAACAUCUGGAGCACCCUCCGCAUGGCCCUCUCCAUGCUGGGCCAGAGUGAUCUGUAUGGGGCAGCCGAUGCCCAUGACCUUCCCACCCUGCUCCAGGCCUUUGGCCUCCAGCAGUGACUUGAGGACGGGCUCCCCUGUGAAUGCAGGGUGGGCCCAGGCCAGUAGUUAUGUCCCACAAGCCCCUUCUAGGGGGGGCGGGGGGAAAGCUUUACUGGGGUUCACACACCUCCUUUUCAAAUCUGCCCUUCAGUUGCUGGGCGGCAAGUCAUUGGCUGCCAUUUCUCUAGGACCUCCCACGGUAGAGGUCACUUCUCACCUGUGUCUUGUGGCCUGAACAUCGGUGAGCGGCUCAUGUGGCACCAUCUCCCCAAGAGAUUCUGACCCUCCACGGGGAAGAGCUGCUGGCACUGGGAAGCAAAUCAGUGGGGGGUGGAAGGGAUGGGGAAAUAGGAACGUAUCAAGAUCACUUCUUAUAAGAUAAAAUAACAAGUUUGCAUUUGUGAUACCCUCAUGUCAGACCCUGCCAUAACUAUGCUGUGCAGCUGAGACUGCCCACUCAAACGACUGGCUCUGAGUGUGCUGGUUAGGUGUAGGAUUGCUUUCUAGUGCUGGGGCUGCCCAUCCCGGUUUGCUGUGGGGUCUGAGAGUGCUGGGGCUACUAACCCUGGGACUUUCCCAGCUGAGCAUGCAGACCCACCCCCACCACGUGUGUGCAGAGGGUGGGUCACUUUGUGAGGCUUGUAGUUUUGUUUUGUUCCCCCCCCCUUCCAUGUGCUAGUAACUGUGUCCUGGUUCUGAGUGUGUCUCACUGGGCUCACUCUCACUUGGGAUUUGUGAGGAAGCUCUGAGACUGCAGUGAGAAGAGUCCCUGGGGCUGAGUUUGGGGGGUCACCCAGGAACUGGGGGGAAGCUGGCUAACUAUAAAAGCACCUUGGCCAAAAGCAGAGGUGGGGGUAAGGUCUUAAUUUUCACUUGAUUGUCCAUCAUUGUAAAAUAAAUUGGGAAUUAUUUUCUUUGUGCAGAUGGUCUCCUCCCCCCUCUCCGCCACAGCCUGUAAUUGAAUCUUGUGAAUUAUAAAUAUCUGUAUAUGAUUUUGGAGGGAAAGGGUUUUUUUUUUUAAUUGUAAAAUAUUUUGUAUAAUAGAAGGGGAAAAAUUAAACUUGUCAAAAUA